UCGCUCGUCAGCCAUAUUAGUCUUGAUGGCUUGUGCAUUGGUUGUUUAUGGAAAGUUUGUUUUUAUAUACGACGUGAGUGCAGUGGAAUUAUGUGAUUACCCUUGAUACUUGGAAUAAUGGAUAUAUCUCCCGGCCUGCACGACAGAAAAACUUGAGGCUGCUCCCUGUAUUCAUAAAGUGAUAACUAUUGCCUGUGUAAACUUUGUCACUCCACAGGUACACUGCAGAUGAACAAAAUGAUUGGACAUGAGGCUUGAAGUUAUCUUGGCGCAGUUCACAUGAGGCUCUAUGGCACCAGUAACUAUGGACAGGCUCAGGUGCCACACCCGGUCCACUCACAGGCACAACUCAGGCACUCGCACACGUGCAAAAAACAAAUCGAUAGCUGGACGCCCUGUGCGCACAGAUGCAGUGCGGCUGGGCAGCUUCAGCAAGGGUGAUGCACUGCCGAAACGGGAGGAGCUACCCCAUACUGCUGAUGGAUACGAUACCCAAGGUGUCCUGUUGGUGCAGCGGUGCCUGAUCGUGCGGCGGGAUGAGAAAGGCUAUGGCCUAACUGUCUCAGGCGAUAACCCUGUUUUUGUGCAGUCCGUCAAGCCAGGUGGUGCAGCGGCACGAGCGGGUGUUCACCAGGGUGACCGUAUCAUCAAGGUCAAUGGGACAUUGGUGACACAGUCUAACCACCAGGAUGUGGUGCACCUAAUCAAGUCGGGGGCCCAUGUAGCACUCACCCUGCUCGGACCGCCACCCUCUGGUGGUGGUGGCGUUGGUGAACGGCCCAACGACAACACUGGUGGUGUAACUACCAGCACAGCACCUGCAGCCUCACCACCCAGCCACCAGCCGCUGGCUUCGAAGCAAUCUUCGGAACGAAUCACUGGGCCCCAGCCGGUUGAUCCUGAGAAGCAACAGCAAUGCACAAACAUCUCGUACCUGACAAUCAAGAAGAUGUUGGAGAAGGAGCAGGCUUAUCUGAUGCAACUGCUGCAGGAUUAUGGCAAGACGUCGUCAGAGAAGAGCCAUGCAGAGAUGCAGAGUGCCCGCAAGCGUAUUUCUCACCUGGAGAACCAGCUGUUGGCCCUUAGGGGCUCCAACUCUGGCCAGGAGGCCACCGGUGCCAGUUCACGUCCGCGGCCGGGCAUAGAGGCACGUCGGAGCACGGAAGGCCCCGAGGGGCUACGCUCGAGUUCGUUCCAUGUUGCACCUCACCCAACGACGACGGGGCGCCCCCGGUCGGGACCACUGGCGAGCUCGGCCUCAUUGGAGAAUCUGUCGCAUGCACUUGGACCCAGCCCUUGGAGUGUACCAACACACUUACGACAGCGAUCGAGCCCUGAGACACUGCUUUGUACCCUCGAGGGCACCCUAGGUCCAGUUGAGGAGCCCCCUAUGGGACCCAGUCUUGACCUGGGGCUUGUGCCUUCUUCUUGCACAGACAACCCCCCGGUGACACCUGUUAGGGACCCUGGGGACCUUAUGGAGGCUUGGCACGGUGAUGACACGACUGAGGAAGCCGACAACACCUCUGAAGAGGGAUUCCUGGAAGGCGAGCUUCCCGGAUUGGAUGACAGCCUCGAAGGCCGACCACUACAGUACGGCACUCCCCCAGAAGGACCUCCUACAGGUGGCCGAGUGCCUCUGCAGCAGAGUAGCAUUCUCUCCAUGGACGAUGAGGAACGAACCUCGGACAACGAGUUGACGCAGUUGGGUGACAAUGGUCCUUUCAACAACAUCUGGAAGCUUCUACGGCAUCCUGCUCACUUGGCUGUGUUCCUGCACUACUUGCUUUCAAGCCAGAUGAAACCCUCCAGCCUGCUGUUUUUGAUAAUCACGAACCUGUACAAGCUGGGCACUGGCAAGGAAAUGAAGAAAUGGGCCUACGAGAUCACCUCUACCUUCCUAGUGCAGAAUGCGCCUCUUGGUAUCGAGAACAUCGACGAGACCAUCCUGAAGGAAAUUGGUGAAGAACCAGAGUGGCCUGUGGUCCACCUUGCAGACAAGGUUCUGCAGACCAGCCAGGAACAGCAGGGCCAGGAGGAAGAGGAACUCAAGGACAUCUUCCUCAAGGCACGCGAGAAGGCCAUGGAGCAGCUCAAGCGCCUGCUUGUCGACUUCCGAAACACCCGCACCAUCGGGCUGUCGGGGCUGUACAUGCCAAAUGACGUGACGCUGGACGACUCACUACGGGACAAGAACGCUGAACUCCACAUAGUUGAGUCCCUGCUGCUCACCGAACUGGAGACGCUAGGGAAAGAGGACCCAGAGAAUCUGUCAGACUACAAGUCCGCACUAGCAUCUGCCUUGGCCACAGUUCUAAAGAGCUUUGGCGUCAAGACGCCUAACGCAGUGACCCUCAUUGAGCGGUUUCCCACCUUUGUAGCCCGUGAAAAGUCACGCCUGAAGUUCUUCCCUCGCAACAAGAAGUUUGCGUUUCAGACGAUCCACACGCGAGGCCACCACUUCCAGUCACAGCAGUACCACUGCGUCACCUACUGCAACCACUGCCAGCACAUUAUCUGGGGGGUCGGUGACCAGGGCUACCAGUGCACCAACUGCGAGAUGAAUAUCCACAAGACAUGCGUGCGGGUGGUGGAGGAGCAGUGCAUCGGGUCACUGCGGCACAAGAAGGCCAAGAAGAACCAUCGCAUGUCUGGUCUGAACCUCAUGGAGGGCAUCAAGACCAAGGCACGCCGCCCAAAUGCUCGCCGGGGCACCCAGCACUCCGUGGAGGACUGGACCGGCUCCCUUGACCCGGCCGUGCUACCCCUGGACCCAGAUCGGAGUCGUCCAGAAACCGGUGAUGAGUGCGAAGCUGCCGUGGUGGGUGGUGCUGCAGAGCUGCUCGACAAGGGGGCGUCCCGCAAGAACUCUGCCACUGCUGUAGGGCGCUCGGAGAGCUUUCGCCAAAGGAGGGAAACACGGCCAUCUUAUCGCAAGCGCAGUGACCCCAACAUCCCAAGGUCUAAGAGCGAUGUGGACGUUGAUGACAAGCCAACCAACCUCAACAACUCGGGCAGCUCCUCCAACUCCAGCCUGUCCACCAGCAGGAGCUUGGAGAGCCCAAGCCAGUCCUGGGAGGCGGUGCAUCGUGGGGAGGUACCCCCGCUGGGUCCCCUGGAUGACUCUGACCUGGAGUGGGACCUGGAGCCACCAGACUGGCAGGCUGCUCUGGGCCGCGAAGCGCUGCGGCAGCUCAAGCCCAAGGAGAAAAAGCGGCAGGACGUGCUCAAUGAGCUCUUCCACACAGAACGGUCGCACGUGCGCACGCUGAAAGUGCUUGAGCGCAUCUUUCGGCGACCCUUGCAGCAGCAGGAGCUGCUGGCCCCCGAGCUGCUGCAGCGGCUGUUCCCCAACCUGGAUGAGCUGCUGCGCAUUCACCAGGGCUUCAGCACCCUCAUGAAGCGGCGGCGAGCACAGGAGCCGCUCAUCGGCGACAUUGGCCCGAUGAUGCUUGCCAUGCUGGAUGGUGAAUCUGGCGAGCGACUCCAGCAGGCAGUGGCUACCUUUUGCCAGCACCAGUCUCUAGCCCUGGAGGCCCUGAAGGCGAGGCAGAAGAAAGACCAAAAGCUGGCGCAGUUCCUUGUUGAUGCAGAGAUGCACCCGCUGUGUCGGCGGCUGCAGCUGAAAGACUUGGUUGCGGCAGGCUUCCAGCGGCUGACCAAGUACCCACUGCUCAUUGAGAACGUGGCCAAGCACAGUGCCCUGGGCUCAACUGAGCAUGCCCAGCUGCAGCGUGCCCUGCAGUGCUCCAAGCGUAUCCUGGCACACGUCAACCAGGCCGUGCGCGAGGCUGAGAACACCCACCGCUUGGCUGAGCUUCAGCGGCGCCUGGACAAGAGCGCCUUGGACAAGGUGGAGAACCACCCUCUGAGCCCAGUUUACAGGCAUCUUGACCUCAAGCGGCACCGACUGGUGCAUGAGGGUGCACUAACAAUGCGGCUGCCACGUCAGAAGCCACUUGAUGUCCAGCUGGUGCUGCUAGAGGAUCUAUUGCUGGUUCUUCAGCGCCAAGACGGCAGUGAGCGGCUGGCACUGCGCUUCUACUCCGUGAGCCUGCCAACAGCCACGGCAGAGGACCGCAUGCUACAGUGCCCCGUCAUGCGGCUGCGGCACCUGCAUGCCCGUGACGUUGCCACUGACCCACGUGCAUUCUUCCUCCUCGACACCGAACCUGAGCAGCGUGCCAUGUGGGAGUUCGCUGCCGCGUCGGCCGUUGAGAAACGUGGGUGGCUAGAGCACAUCGUCGCUGCCACACGUGCACAUGUGCCCCCUGGCGAUGACGAAAGCAAGCACGCUCCUGAGACACCUUCGGAUGACACACCCACAGUGCUUGACACUGGUGCGACAGGCCAUGAGGAUGAGGAAGAAGAGGUGCCUACGGACAAGGAAGAAGGAGGCAGCAGAGAGGAGGAGGAGACGACACCCCCAGCCUCGGUGGCAGAACAGUCGGAGAGGGGCGACAAGGAGGAACCUGCCAAGGAGGAGGGCCCUGACAAAGAACAAGGGGUGCUAGCCGGUGCUCCAGUGGCAACACCCUCGGUGGCCCAGGGUGGCCUGUCCCUUGUUGAUUUCCAAGAAGUGGUUGUAGUGCCCAGUGCUCCCUGCGAAACGGCCACACCUGUGCUCACUCCCAUUGAGCGACUUCGGCGCCAGGAUCAACAGGUGCUCUCAGCGCUGGCCGAGAAGCAGGCACUGCUUGCAGAGAUUCUGCGAAUUCCCAGUGAAGACUAUGUUCACAUGGCUGAGAUCUCCGAAGAGAUGAAUGCUGAGAAGGGCCUCAUGGAGCUUCUGCUGCAAGUCACUUAUCAUGCGAACCAACUGCCGGUGCUGAUCAAUGAGGCAAUGAACGUCACAGAGGAGGAUGCCGUUGCUGCUGCCUCAAGCCCUGAAGGUGCAGCUCGUCGUCCAGGGGUAUGCCCUCACCGCCUGCUGUCCUCUGUACAACCACUGCUGCGUUACCUCAGUCUGCUCGCUCCAAGCCUUGCUGAGCUGGAGCAAGAGAGACAGCGGUUGCGCCUGGAGCUGUCACGCUUGCAAGAUGCCCGACAGCCGGUGCCAUGCACAGAGGAGGAGGAUGGAGGUGUGAUUGCAGUGGCCAAUGACGACAUGGCUGCCGAGUGCUGUCGCGAGGCCGCUGUGCAGACACUGGAAGAGGCAGUCUGCCACUGUCCGACCACCGACCUGGAUGCAGAGGACGAGCUCCCGCAUGAUGAACCGCAGCCAGCUCAGGCGCAGCCCGUCUAUUUUUGAAAAGCACAAGUGCCUACUGCAUGCCCGCCCCUUCGCCAGUUGUAGAUACCUUGCCCAGAGGAGGGGAAAGGGCACUGACACCCCACUGCUGCUGUACAUAGUUCUUCUUAUUUUUUUUUUUAUAUGUGUCUGCUCUCUCUCUUUAAUUUAAUGACAGCAAAUAAACCAGUUGGCCGUGCAUCAAACGGGGUGGUCUCCCGUUGGCAAAAUACCUGGUCAUGAGCUCUUAAGCAGGGCUCCGCAAACUAUAUGACCAGCAAGGCUGCGUUCUUUGGUAAAUGUGGAAACCCAGACUGGCUGGAAGCAUAGAGCUUCACACAGGUAAUUAUUGGAGGGCAGUUUGGCACUGUUCAACCACCCCACUGGAGUUACGUACAGUGAAUGUAUUUUAUUUGACUUGGCCAGAGGCUUGCUUGAAAGCACAUUGGUGCUUUGUAUUAUUCUUUUUAAAAUUUUUUUAUGAGGUAGGUAGCCUAACCACGAGUGCUCCUGUAUAUGGGAGUGGAGAAAUCACUUGCUAGUUAUCCACUGAAACAAUUACUAUGAAGUUUGUUGCUUUUAAAAUAAAAAGCUUGUCUACAGACUGUUAGACGCAAAUUUUUUUUAUUUAGACCUUCACUUUCUCUACCGAAAAUUGAAAUUUUUCAGAAUUGAAGCAUUAAGUUAACAGUUAUAGCUCCGCAGCACAAACAGCUUGUGUAACUUGCAUCAAAUGUUCAAAACAGAAAAAAUGUGCAUUCCUUCGAGUUAUAUGAAUAUUUAUAAAUAGUAUGACAUGUUAAAGCCUAGUGUAAACAGCGCAAUUAUUUCACAUAAACUGCAAGCCAGUAUGUCGUAUUUCUCAGCUUUAAAAACACUAUAGUACUCCGUUUCAUACUUGGCAGGCAAUGCUGCAGAAGCUAUGCAAGUAGUGUGUUCAUAGAAGGCUCCACGCGUUUCGCAGCGUGGUUGUUUUUGAUCUGCAGAGCUUUUUACGGAAUAGAUAUGUCAUAUAUAUUACAACUACAACUUGUGGCCGAGGGGUCACGUAUUUGUGCACCUUGGCGCUUCCAGUGUGUGACAUGCUAAGUUUUGGUCAUAAACGCAAGCCGUGUGCUGUGGCUGCUGGUCACGAAAACUUGUCACUCCAUCAUUUGGUGGUAAAUAUGUUCAGAUAUACAACACUUUCCAUGUAAUAAUUUUGUCAUAUUUUGUGACAUAAAAAGUAUGAGACUUAACAUUACAUCAAAUUACAUGAUGCACACCCAUAUAUUUCAUUCAAAUAGGAUGCACUUUUUUGUCGCAAAUGCAAGCGUUGCCUGCUGUGUAUGAAAUGUAGUGCUUAAUAAUAAAGUUUACAGAAUUGCAACAUUUUUCUUUAUUUCUUUUUUUUUUUCUGUACACAGUUUGAGUUGUACAAUUGAUGCUUUGACUCUUUUCAAAUAGGUAUUUCAAUCUUUUGAAACAUUGUAAGACAUACGAGACCCUAAAUAAAGAAUUCUGCUUCCAAUAGUGGGUAGAAUUCAGCUUUCUCUCAUAAAUGGCACUAAUGUUCAUCAGAUCUGUUCAGCAGUUCUGUAGCAAACAUAUUUAGCAUAGUGUUUUAGAUCUGCUCCGCUAAGACCACUGUAUCCUAACAAUUUGCACAUAGCCACUGAGCAGAAGCACUAGGGUGCGAGCACACAAUGCUCAUACCAUAAGUGGUACAUAGAAUUCUAGCUGCCCUAAUUGAGCAGAGCAUUGGGGGGCAUUGGGGUGCAUCUGCAUGGUUUCUGCUAAAAUGCUCUGCGAAAAUAUCUGAAGAGAAUACUUCUGCACUUCACGUGUACUUGAAAAGAAAAAUCUUGAAGUUUGAUGGAGCUAAAGCUUUCCGCUGCAUUCAGUUUUGUUGCCUGGUUAAAUCACAGCCCAUUUCCUUUUGGCAGUUAAUGGUUCACAUUUAGAAGAGUAUCUCGAGUUAACAUGAAAUUGGAUUAUGUUUUAGCAGUAAUGAACUUACUGUUGCAAGUCAUUUAAGAUAUUCUGCAUGUUUAUUCACCAAGAAGCUUUGAAAACAGUCAAAUGAUGGCAUUUGGAUGGUAACCCUAUUAUGCCCAAACACAGUUCUACAUAAAGAAAAUUGGAACAGAUUGUUCCCUUUUAUUUAUGGUACAAAAAAUUAAAUGUUAUUUGAGUUGUUGCUUCAUAAGCAUAGUAAUUCAUAUUUGGUUUAACUAUUCACAGAUGAAACUUCACUCCAUCAUAUCAAAAACACAGCUAUGGGCUUUGUGCUAAAUAAGUCUCCUGCACUUAAAUAAGGUUUUUGAGGCUUAGUAUAGCAUACAGUAUAUAUGUUAUGUUGGGCAUUACAGGCUUAAUCAUUGCUGUAUAUUGAUGAUAAAAAUUCAGCUUUCAAAAAGGAAGUCAUGGGGAUACUUGGAGGAGUCCCCACUAUACAAGCCACAUUUGUGCUUGCCUGCACAGUAGCAACAGACUUCCUCCGAGUGAUUAUUGUGUGAAGUUUCAUGCCUCGGUGCCUUGUACAAACCUUAACCCUUUCUGUACUGAAGACAAGAUAGAUUUUUUUAAUAUUUUCAUGAAGGUUGUUGCCGCAAACCUUACUCGUCAAGGGCAUGUUUUUUAAAAACAUGAGUAGAUUAGUCCUUAACAUGUGGCUCGAGAAGCUUAAUACGUCCACUUGAUGCUGCAUUGUGAAGUCAGAAUCGAGCCAUACACUUCUGGAUGCUGGAUGUGCUGGUGUUUAAACUUUUGUCCUUGAAUGGUGUCAUACUUCUUUUUUUCUGGGGUUUGCAAGAAAUGACAGAGGAAAUACCUUCUAAAAUAUUAUUGCUCAUUCAGUGAUAUUUCAAAUUCUAGUACAGUACUCGCACCCUUCUCUCACAAUGAAAAUAAACCUAAAUUGUACCAAUAUUACUGGCAAUUCUUACUGUACAUCGCUGUUAUUGUGGCCAGCAGAAUGCAGCACUCAUAAUUUCACCAAACGCGGUGUUGCGCUUCCAAAAGGACUAGGGUUGGAAGUCUGCUUUUGUAUGAGCUGCCACCUGCUAUGCACUGUCAUGUGGGUAACCUGAACUACAUCGUUUGGCAGAGAAGGCGACCCUGCAAGACAACAGCUGCAUUUUUUUUUCCCUCCCCCAGUGCUACUGAGUGUUGGUUUACAGCUAGUCAUGCCUGCUGCAGCUUUUGCAGUUUUCCAUCAUAGUUGAAGCAUCAGUUCACAUUGCAUUAUCAUUGUCGUUUUGCUUCCAUGGAUUUUCCAGAGUUCUGCAUUUCCAACAGAUGCAUACAAAAGUGUUCAGCCUGUCUGAUCGAAAUUCAAUGCACAACAUUUAGUGACAGAAAUGUUGUGCUGUGAUUGGUGUGACAUAAAAUGCGCCAACAAUCCAAGACGAAGGAAUCUUCAUCUGAUAUGUUUGACAGUAGCGGCAUCUGUUGGAAAUGAGAAACACAGCUACACCUGUUUAUUUUGUCAGCAUUUCACAUUUCACGCACUUUGUUUUUCCAAGCGCCUUUUCGUGGUGCCAGAAGGACAGCAUAAUUUCUUAACCCCUUACUGCAUGAAUUCAUAUUUCCUUGUAAAAAAAAAAUCUAACUUUUGCUUAGGUUAGAUGUGCCCAAACAAACAUCAGUUUUCUAUGAAAACCAUAGUUGCAAUUUUGUAAGCAAAAGUUCGCACACAUCAUAUAUGAUACACCGUGCAGUGCGGGUGUACUUUGUGACCAUAUAGAAGGGCGUUUUUAAUUCCAGAAAAGCUACGAAAAGUUAUGAGCUAUUGAAAAAAGUUGAUACUUUGUUGUACCGCUUGAGUGCAUUUCCUUGCAGUUUCAUCUACUACAAGUUCCCUCGAAAUUUCAUUUCAUCACCCUCGAUUGACUAAUUGGUAACGUCAAUACCUAGCCCAGAACCUUUUGAGUAUUUGUUUUUAUUUUAUUCUUUGCUUCACAUAGUGUUUAUCAAACCUACACAGAUUGGCGCAAGCCAGAAGAAUGCCUCCUUCAUUAUCUUCCGCGAGUUCUUUGUUGCCACUGUUGUCACUAUCUCUUGAAAGAGAGCAGACCCCUUGCUAUAAUAUUUAUUGCGACACUGCUUAAAUUUUUAUUGUCAUGAUAAUAAUGGCACUAAAAACAGUCACCUGUAAAAGCAUUUUAUUUAGCCACUGUAAGGAACGCAAGCAACUGCGCGUCCGCCGGUUACGUUUGUUCAGUGCGACUACUUUGAUGAACCCCGUUUCCCUGGCCUGUGCGCGUGGUUAUAGUGCACUUCUUCCUCUGUUCACAACAGCCACUAAAUUAGUUAUCUCGCAAAGAAACAAAUAUCUGCCCUGAUCCACAAUACGACCCAUACCUGCAUACGUCAUACGUAUGAUAGAGAAAUGAAUGGUUUCCUUGCAGACAACACAAAUGUAUUUCUCGUUUAAAGCAUUAAAGUGGGCCAGUGAAGAGCAGUCGGACAGCUUGGUAUUUUUGUGCGCUGAUUUUCAGUGUCCAAAUUGUCAAAAUAGCCUGUCAAUUUAUGUGUUAACUUUUUGUUUGUUGUGUGACAAGUUGGCACUAUACAUAAUUUUUAAAAAAUUCAUGAAAAUUAUUUCCAGAGUUGUGGUUACUAUAUAUUUCAUUGGUAGAUAUGACACAGAUUCUGCAUAAAUACGCAAUAUUUCUUUUUUUUUUAUUCUAUUAAGUUUGAAGGAGUAGUUCUAUGUGUAUCAUAUAUAUAUAUAUAUAUAUAUAUAUAUAUCAGUGAAGUAAAGAGUAACCGGAGCCGGCACAGAAGUAGUUCAAAAAAUAGAAGCACGUAGGAAAAACAUAAGACUUUACUGACGUUUCGGCCGGCCUUCAUCACUCUUGAUGAAGGACGGACCCCGGCCGAAACGUCAGUAAAGUCUUGUUAUGUUUAUUCUACAUGCUUCUAUUUUUUUAACUAUAUAUAUAUACACAUAAAUACAUACAGGGUGUCCCAGCUAUCAUGCAGCACGAUUUAAACAAAGAGGGACGGCAUUACACGAAGCAAACCUAAUGCGUAUUGUUUCCAGUACAGUGGAGUAGCCGCCAGUAAUUUUUUCGUUACUGAAAUUUAAUUAGGUAAUUGUAAUUAAUUAUCUGACUCGAGAAGUACUGUCCUAAUUAUCAAAGUGUCAAUGAGAAAAUUGUAAAGCAACACAAAAAACUCCCGAUACAGCUUUCUGUUACUCAAUACGUGCUACAUAAAAGUGUUUUUCCGAGUGUGAAAGAAGCCCGCGAAUACACGCAAAGUGCCUCAAGCAGCUAGUCGCGUGGCAACCUUUCCUACAAUAUGGGAAAGGUUAACAAAAUUUAGGCUUAGAAAUGCCAUCUUCAUAAGCGUAGACUAUGCCAUUUUUCAAGAAUGCCCAAUCCUCAACUCUUUUUUUGACAGUUUCAUAAGGCACAGCACAGUCCACUUUUGACAGAUCAGUAAAAUAUUAAAAUUGAUCAAUCGACACUAUGCAGUUGAAAGUUUCCUCAUCUUCGUGUACAAACAGUAUCCAUCAAUAAUAUCAAUUGGGAUUUUUUAAUGUUCCUGACUUUUUUUUCUCCCAAUGCUGAAAAGGUUAAGGUUUCAAUAUUUGAAUAUGAUAGUGCAAGAAAUAAACAUGAUGCAAGGGAGCUGUUGCCUUUGGGAUUUUACCUUCCUGCUGGUUUUCAUUGAAACAUCAGAGUUCACCGUGGUCAGUGCCUCAUAUGUGGCGAAAUAUAUUUACACAUGUCAAAUUUAUCGGUUUGCAGUAUAGUGAGAUAGAAUUCACUAUAGUUCGCAGUUUUUGAGCCAGUUGAUGGCGUCAACUUGUAGAAAUGCCAUUUUGAUGUUAAUUAGCACAUUACUGCCUUGUAACUACACAAGAAGGUCAGCUGGAGAAGUGAACAAUUGCUACUUAAUCUCUUAUCUGUGGGAUAAGCCUGAGUAAACAACCCAACAAACAGGCGGUACAUCAGUUUGUGUAUAAUAAGCUAGUAUAUGAAUCUGUAAAUAGCAGACCCAGAUCUGUAGCGUGUGAGCUGGUAGGAGUUGCCACUUUGGUUGUGUUACUAUGGUUAUGCAAUUAAACUGUCCAAUUAACUGAA